AUGCCAAAAGCACCCACGAGCGGCUCAAGUCGACCAGCGCUUAGAAGAAAUCAGGCUUGCCGGUCAUGCCGGAGGAAGAAGCUGAAAUGUGAUGCCAUGCGCCCUCAUUGUAGUACUUGCGUCAAGCAACACGAAACAUUAAUUAGUGUCCCAGCCCCCAUCGGCUAUGCACAUCCGACCGAACCUCAAUGCGUUUACGACCCCGUUGAUGGGUUGACCCUUGCGCCAGACACCGAUCCGGUUGAAAAGAUCAGGCAGUUAGAACGGCAAAUAUCGCAACUCAAGAAUCAGCUGCAAGAACAACGCCCCUCUUCACGCUCCUCCUCCCCACGCCGCCCUGGCUCCGUUGGUUCUGACUCCGGCGGCAUCUCCUUACCCCAUGUAUCCUUGCCUAUGAUGAACCUCGUUUCCACCGAGACACCGGAACCUCGAUUCGGAAACGAAAAAGACAGCCCCGAAUUAGCGAAUGUGCCUUUGCAGAGUAGUCCCGACCCGCUGAUGGAUCUGUUGUUUUUGGGCUGGAACCCAGAUCUACCAGACCCGGCCACCUUGAAUCACUACAUAGACAUAUUUUUCAAGUGUGAUCCAUGUGGCUCGAGGGUACUACAUCGACCUUCAUUCCUUGCCUCCCUCCACCUCCCACCACGAGAUCGUGGCUUCCCACACUCAGCCCUCCUCCAUGCAAUAUGUACUUCUGCCUCUCGUUGGUCUCCGCAUAAUGUCAUUACCUUACCUGAUGGGACAAGACGCGAUCAAUUUGCCGAAUUUCAUGCUGGAAAGACGCGUUACUACAUGGAUCGCACCAUGGCUAGCGGAGAAGAUAUAUUCCCUGUACUACAGGCCUGUAUUCUCCUCUGUUGGUAUUUUUAUCAAGAGGGUCGAUGGGUCGAAGUGUGGAUCUUUGCCGGGUUUUUGACCAGAGUAGCUGUCCCUCUCCGCCUGAAUUAUCCUGGAACCUUCACGACUCACGGCAACAACUCUCCAGGGGCAUAUCUUGCCCCGCCGCGCGACUUUCUUGAUCUUGAAUCUCGACGUCGUACUUGGUGGAUGACCAUCGUUUUCGACCGCAUAGUGUCUGUGGGUGGAUGGAUCCAUGCUGUGGACGAACGCGACCUUGGAACCGAACUACCAUUAAGGAACCACGAUUUUGAGUCAGAAAUUGCUAUACCCAGUAACCCUCAAGAUAUUGCAACGCCAGAUGUUUUCGUUCGACAUCCUCCCCAAUAUACGGACUCCUACAUUCUGCUGAUUAAAGCUGUAAUGUUGUUCGGUCGUGUUACCGACUACAACGUACGCGGCAAUCUACGAGCUCCGACAGCGCCCAGCAAGAAUCAAAAUCCCUUCUUCCUAGAAGGAUUCAAAGCAUUGGAUCAGUUGGUUUGCACCGACUUUCUCGAAAACCUCCCGCAGAUUUUCAAGAAUAACACUGGUGUCACUGAUGAUGGCUGCGCACUGGACACGGACCUUUAUAUGGUCCAUGUAAUUCCGCACGCAGCAACUAUCACUCUUCACAAUCCGUACCUUGACUUCACUGACCCUCAAUGUACCUCUACCUCGCGUUGCGUCAACUCAGCACGCAGCAUUCUCGCCGCUUACUAUAUGUUGUCCGCGACCUCACUCGAUAUCACCCGUCUACAUCCAUUCGCUGUGAUUUGCUGGUAUCUAGCUGCCGUCGUCCAAGUCCAACUGUGCAAAUAUUUCAUCGAAAUCGGAGAUGGUGACCGAGAGUCUACAGUUUGGGGCGAGAUCAAUGUUUUGAGAUUCGCGAUGUUGGCAUACGGCCAGCGCUCUCCCAUCGGUACACGACAAGAAAGUCUCCUUCAGGGAGUCAUGCGGGAAAUCGUGCGCACAACAGCUCAAAAGCAGCCUCUUGAGGUUGGAGUUCCUUUAUAUCCAUUUUCGCGAACAACAUUGUGGAGAAAAGACGACGUCACAGCAACAGGUGUGAACCAAACACGUUCACCAAAAGUGCCAUCAUCGACUGGCGCUCUACCUUUGCCUGUCAGUCCAGCGUUGUCUCCACCGACUGUCUCCCAUAAGAAAACAACAUCGUGGUCAAUGGAUACCUCAGCUUAA